AUGAAUAUUAAUACGAAGUUCUCUUUAUCUGAUUUUGAUUUUCUUGAAUCAGUAAAGCAACAUCUUCUAAAUGAUUUUGAUUUUUCUGAAUAUUUUUCACCUAUGAAUUUAAGCAACGUCGAAUUACCUAAUAGUCCUAACUCAAGUUUAGGUAGCUCCCCUUCAAUCGAAUCCCAUGAAAAGUCUGAAUCCGAGGUGGAAAUUAUAAAGGGGCCUAUGGUGGUAGUGCGUGAGAAAAAUGCGUCGGGAGAUUGGAGGCGGUACAUAGGUGUGAGACGGAGGCAAUGGGGGACGUUCGCGGCGGAGAUAAGAGAUCCGGAUAGGAAAGGCGCGAGGCUAUGGUUAGGAACUUAUGAGACCCCGGAGGAUGCAGCAUUGGCUUAUGACCAAGCUGCUUUUAAAAUUCGGGGCUCAAAAGCUAAGGUCAAUUUUCCUCAUUUAAUCGGCUCAAACAUGCCCGAGCCGGCUAGACUAACAGUGAGGCAUCGUACGCACUCGCUCAAGCCAUCGGCUUUUUCAUCCACGUCAUUGGAAAAUGGGACAAGGAAAAGGAAAAUAGAUCUUAUAAAUUCGAUAGCUAAAGCCAAAGCGAAAGCCAAUUUAUUUAAUUGUCAUAGCUAG